AUGUCCCGUGGUGGACUGCUCAAACAAUUACAUCAAAAUGAUAAGAUUGCUCUACUCGACGAGGCAGAUGCCUGUUUAAAACGGAAUGGGUUAAUUCCCGAUGGUCCGAUUAGCGAACACAAUAAUAUCUACGAGAUAGUUCUCACAUUGUAUUCUAGACGAGCCACCGUAACAAAAAGUUUGACAAACUCAACAUCAAAUCUUCAUUUAAAAAAGCUGACCAUUUUGGCUAAUACAACUGAAGAACCAAUAUUACGAUUGUUAAAAAAAAAAUUAUCGGGUGAUGCACCAAAUCCAUUUGCUGAACGAUCGCUUUUUCUCUUUAUCACUACUCCACUUACUCUUGAAAAACCAUUUCCACCUUCUUGGAACGUCAAUCAUGAACCGACAAUAGAUCAAGUUGCUUUUACAGCUAGUCAACUAAAUAAUCUCGACUUUUAUUAUGAAACAACUGCACGUCUCAUGACUAUAGCAUAUGGCAAUUUAAUGUGUAAAUUGAGUAAGUUCUCCAGACAUAUAUUUUCUUUUUUAAAAGGCAAACAUCCCCAGGCAAACUUUUUCUGCGAAAAAAACGCGUUAGAGUUCGUUUAAAUUUUCAUAGAAACUAACGCGUUUACCAGGAUGUUUUUUGUCACAUUCCGGACGUUCAAACGCGUUACUGAUCAACGCGUUUCACAGGGUCGAUAAUCAACGCGUUAGAGCGCGUUAUAAUUUAACGCGUUUGAACGCCCUAAAUGUGACAAAAAACAUCCUGCUAAACGCGUUA